AUGUCCAGUGAAGAGGUCGCGAGGAAAGAUGAACCAGUUGUGGAAGGCGACGUAGAAGGUCAAAAGGCGCCUAGUAGCGAAGAAGAAGGGGAAGAUGUCUUUGACUCGUCCGAAGAGGAUGAAGACGCAGAAGAAGAUGAAGAAGAGGCCAAGAAGGUCAGAGAGGGCUUCAUUGUAGACGAUGAGGAAGAAGGAGUAGCCAGCGUUCGCAAACGCAAGCACAAAAGGCGUGCUAGAGAGGCUGAAGAUGAUAGGCUUUCGGAAGACGAUUUGGAUUUGCUUAUGGAAAAUGCUGGUGUGAAAAGAAGCUCCGAAGCCAAGCAUAACAAGGGUAAGCUUAAAAGACUAAAGAGAGGUGGAAUUGAUGAAGCAGAAGCUAGUGCUGAAAAUGAUCACAAACCAAAUGCAGCAACUUCUUCGAGAUUCGAUGAUUUCUUCUCUGAGGAUGAAGAUGACCUUUUAGAUCGCGACCAGGAAACUCAAACUGCACGUACCUCGGCACAACACGACAGAGACGAUGGAAUGCUUGAUGAGCUGGACGAUUUUAUUGAGGAGGACGAAUUUUCAGACGAAGACGAAGAGUCUAGGAGGCAGAGAAUAGAGGAGCGUAAGAUGCUAAGAGAGCAGAAAAUGAAACAGCCGGCUCAAAUAACAGGUUUGUCUUCUGAGAAAAUCGAUGAAAUGUAUGAUAUAUUCGGGGACGGACAUGACUACGAUUGGGCUCUUGAGGUCGAGAACGAAGAAAUCGAAGAAAUGGAUGAGCAAGGUGGAGCCGGGAAUGAGGAAGAAGAUGAAAUUUCGGGUGAGAAUUUGAAGAAGAAGGUCACGCUUCAAGACAUUUACGAUUUGCAAGAUCUGAAAAAGAACCUGAUGACCGAUGAGGACAUGGCAAUCAGAAGAGCGGAUGUUCCCGAGAGGUUUCAAGAAUUGAGAGCUGGCAUGAGCAAUUAUGGUCAGCUCUCUACAGAAGAUCAGGAGUUGGAGAAAAAUUGGAUCAGCGAGACUGUUUCCGUCGACAAGAACUUUGAUCCAGAAUACGACUUGACUGAAUUUAAGGAAUCCAUUGGGAACGCGAUAAGGUUCAUUAGUGAUGAGAAUUUAGAAGUUCCUUUCAUUUAUGCAUAUCGCCGGAACUAUAUUUCUUCAAGAGACAAAAAUGGCUUUGUUCUCAAUGAAGACGAUUUGUGGGAUAUCGUUUAUAUGGAUGCAGAAUUCCACAGCAUCAUUUACAAAAGAGACUAUGUGAAGCAAUUUUACGAACAGUUGAAUGUCCAAGAUACUUUAGUGGACGAGUAUUUCAAGAACCAGGCUUCGUCAAUGACAGAAUUGAAUGCCCUUCAAGACAUCUACAACUAUCUUGAAUUCAAGUACGCGAAUGAAAUUAAUGAAAUGCUUUCUAAUCUAUCCAAUGGCUCAACUAAAAAGCAUCUCAAAAAUUCGAGCUACGAAAAGUUCAAAGCAAGCCCUCUGUACGACGUGGUGAAAGACAUAGGCAUAAGCUCCGAACAGGUUGGAGAUAACAUUCAAGCAGAACACCAGAUCAAACUUGUUUUGGAUCAUUCUGAGUUGAAACCCGUUGAGAUUAUUGGGGAUUUGUUGAGCAAAGCGUCUGCUGAAAUGCAAAUUUUCUCGUCUAAUCCUAAGCUGGCCUUGGAGACAGUUCAGAAGUACUACUCUUUAGAGAUUGCUAAUAAUCCUAAGGUUCGUGAAAAAGUGAGGACUGAUUUUUACAAGUACUACAUUGCCGAUGUGGUCUUGACUUUGAAGGGUAAGAAAGAAAUUCAAAGGGGCUCUCCUUACGAGGAUAUCAAGUAUGCCAUUAAUCGGACGCCGGCCCAUUUUAGAAAAGAACCUGAGUCGUUUCUUCGCAUGCUGGAAGCCGAAAGUUUGCAUUUGAUGACAGUCAAAAUUCACAUGUCUUCUCAGGCUCAGUACUGCGAUCAUUUGUUCCAAACAUCUUUGGAAACCACAAACACAUCGGAGCUUGCAAGUGAAUGGAACAAUUUCCGUAAAGCUGCCUUCUUUACAGCUUUGGACAAAAUUUUCCUUGAAAUUGGUCAAGAAAUCAAAGACGAUUUAAGAAAGACCUGCCAAAAGGCGGUCAGUAAGGGUGUUCGCCACAAAUUUAUGACUAAACUGGAUCAAGCGCCUUACAUUCCAAAUUCAAGGGACGCAAAAAUCCCUCGUGUUCUAACUAUUACGUGUGGGCAAGGUCGCUUUGGUCUGGACGCCAUUAUUGCUGUCGCUUUCAAUCGGAAGGCAGAAUAUGUCAAGGACUUUAAAAUAGUUGAUAAUCCUUUUGACAGGUCAAACCCUGAAAAGUUUGAAGAGACUUUUGAUACAAUAAUUCAAAGCUGUCAACCCAAUGCCAUUGGAAUAAAUGGACCCAACCCUAAAACCCAAAAACUUUUCAAAAAAUUGCAGGAAAUCAUUCAAAAAAGACAAGUUGUCGAUGAUCGUGGGCACAACAUCCCUGUCAUUUUUGUUGAAGAUGAGGUUGCUAUCCGCUACCAGAGCUCAGAACGUGGUAACCAAGAUUUUCCUAACAAACCCCCGCUGGUAAAAUACUGUAUUGCACUGGCGCGAUACAUGUAUUCUCCACUGCUAGAGUACGCGAAUCUUUCUGCAGAUGAGUUGAUGUCUCUUUCUUUGCAUCAACAUCAGUCGUUACUUGCGCCUGAACUUUUGAUGAGAGCCUUGACUACUGCUUUCGUGGAUAUUGUUAAUCUAGUUGGUAUCGAAGUGAAUCGAGCUACUGAUAAUCCAUACUACGCUUCAUGCUUGCGGUAUAUUUCGGGUCUCGGGAAACGUAAAGCCAUAGACUUCUUGGAGUCGCUUCAACGUCUCAACGAACCACUCUUGGCGAGACAGCAGCUGAUCACACAUGAUAUUUUGCAUAAGACGAUUUUCAUGAACUCUUCAGGGUUUUUGUACAUUUCAUGGAAUGAAAAGAGCCAGCGAUAUGAGGAUUUGGAGCACGAUCAAUUAGACAGCACUAGAAUUCACCCUGAAGAUUAUCAUCUGGCAACCAAAGUCGCCGCUGAUGCUUUAGAGUAUGAUCCGGAUGCAAUCACAGAGAAGGAAGAACAGGGAACAAUGAGCGAGUUCAUCGAGAUUUUGCGCGACGAUCCUGAUCGUAGAGCAAAAUUGGAGUCUUUAAAUCUAGAGUCGUAUGCUGAGGAGUUGGAGAAAAACACGGGUCAAAGAAAGCUCAAUAACUUGAACACAAUUGUACUUGAGCUUCUAGAUGGGUUUGAAGAGCUAAGGAAUGACUUCCAUCCGUUGCGUGGGGAUGAAAUUUUCAGCACUUUGACGGGUGAGACUGACAAGACGUUUUUCAAGGGCUGCAUUGCGCCAGUUAAGGUGGAGCGCUUCAGACACGGAGACAUCGUAUGCAUCACCAAUUCGCAGGUCGAGUGCAUUGUCAACGCACAACGACACAUGGGGUCUCAGCUGAAGACCCCGGCCUCGGAUAUAUAUGAGGUGGGCAAGACCUACCCCGCCAAGGUAGUGUUCAUCGAUUAUGAGAAUAUCAUGGCAGAGGUGUCGUUGUUGGACCACGAUGUGAAACAUCAGUUCGUGCCGAUCCAUUACAGCAAGGACCCAUCGAUUUGGGACCUCAGACAGGAGUUGGAAGACGUGGAGGAGGAAAAACAGAUCUCGAUGCGGGAGGCGCGCGCGAAAAGAACGCACCGUGUUAUCAACCAUCCUUACUACUUCCCUUUCAACGGGAAACAAGCGGAAGACUAUCUGAGAAGCAAAGAGCGGGGUGACUUUGUGAUCCGGCAAUCGUCGCGCGGUGACGACCACCUGUCGAUCACGUGGAAGCUCGACAAGGACUUGUUCCAGCACAUUGACAUCCAAGAGCGGGAGAAAGAGAACCCACUGGCGCUGGGCAGAAUCCUGAUAGUCGAGGGACAGCAGUACCACGAUUUGGACCAGAUCAUUGUCGAGUAUCUGCAAAACAAGAUCAGGCUUCUGAACGAAAUUACCUCCAACGAGAAGUUCAAGAAGGGCACUCGGAAGGACGUGACCAAGUUCAUCGAGGACUACUCCAAGGUUAACCCAAAUCGGUCGGUCUACUAUUUCAGCUUCAACUACGAGAAUCCAGGCUGGUUCUAUUUGAUGUUCAAGAUCAACGCGCAGAGCAAAUUAUAUGUGUGGAACGUGCGGCUGACGCAUACCGGGUUCUUCUUGGUCAACUACAAUUAUCCUACCGUGAUCCAGCUGUGCAACGGUUUCAAGACGCUACUAAAGUCCAGCAGCAGGAACCAGCGCGGUAAAGGCGCCGUAGGCAAUGCCCCUACCGCCGCGGUCGGCUCCGGCGGCGGCGAAUACUACGGAUACUAG